CUUUUUUUAUUAUCUUCACAAACAUAAAAACAGUAGAGGCACCUGACUCCCACCAUCGUAUUUCAGUCUGCCCAUAGCUAAAUUUACGAUUUAUUCGUGUUUUUCUUAAUACUUCGUCUGUUUUGUCAUUUUAGAUUUGUGCACAUAAAUUAAGAAAAUAUUUAAUUUUGCAUAUUUUUUAUAUAAAAACAUUAUUAUUCAUAUAUCUAACCAUAUUUCCACCAAUUGAAAAAUAAACUAGAAAAUAAAAUUAAUAAAUUCUACAUUAAAAUGCUAAAACGACACUAAUUUUGCAACGAAGUUAAUAUGAAACGGAAGGAGUAGGAUUUACUAAUAAAAGUGCCAGUUGUAGACUUUCGUUUGUGAGUUUAUGCUUUAAAUGUGUUAAUGUUAUUAUCUCAAAAUGUACGUAUAUGAAGAAUUUUUAAUAAAAUGUUAAAAGAAUAACUCUUUAUGUAAUUUGUAGCAUAAGUUUAUUUUGCGUUAAGUUAGAAUGAGGUGAAAUCGUUCUAAAAAUAAAUUUCAAAGUUAGGUAUUUGAAGUUUCAACUUUAAUCCAGUAGUGUCCAUCAUCAUCUUUUUCUUUAUAUAUUCACUUUAAAGCUUUUGCAGAGCCAAAGUUCAAUUUUUGAGGAUUAGCUUGAAACUUUGGAUUCUAUCUCAGGAGACAACAACUUUAUCAAAGAAGUGAUAUGAAAUCUCUCUCCAAUAACUCACAUACCCAUUUUACCUUUUGUGUCAGAGGAGAAGAUGGGCUACAAAUGAACAAAAACAUUUUUUGUUUUUGUUUUUGUAAGUUAAUUUUUUUUUUAACAGAAAAAUGGUUAAAUCCGGAUUUAUUAAAUAUAUGAACCUAACCUCCGGGACAUACGGAUAGACUCUCUCCUAUGCAUUCAAAUGAACCAAAAACAAUAGCUCAUAUCCGUGUGGCCAGCGGGGUUCGAACUUUGUAAGUUAAUUUUUGUAUCUAGUUUUUUCUUGUUUUUUUGUAUCGGGUUUGCUAAAGUAGCUAGUCUUGUGACUUAUGAUGUUCAACAAUAAUUUUUCUUUUUAGAAAUAAAUAGCUUUUGAACCGUUCAGAUUUACUGGUAAUUUCGCACAACGUACAAAAUAGCUUCUGGACCGUUCUAAUUUUGAAAUCUUGCUCAGUUUUUUUUGGUGCUAAAAAUAUUUCUUGAGAAACCGAGAUAGUUAUUUUUAUUUUUUGAACGUCAACCAAGAUAGUUAAUAAAUGGUUUACAUUUCAUUUCCAUUUUAAAUACGAGUAAACUCGUGAAAGAAAAUAUCGUACAGACAAACACAAAUAAGACCAGCUGCAACGCAGGAUAUUAGCUAAUUCUUAGCGCUAAUCCUUAUGCAUUAAGAAUAAAAUAAUAAUUAAACUUGACGUUACGCUAAGGUUGAAUCCUUAAUGAAGGAUUUAUUUGCGGUUGAUCCUUGAUGCGCUGGCAACGUCUGAUUGUAUCGGGAAAGGGAUGUGUUUUGUGAGGGGAAAAAAACUCGGUCAUUUUCGCGACUCGAGCAGAAAAAAAACUUUUCACCUCUCCUGGCGAAACAAAAGGCGAUUCUGCGAUCCGCUUUGUUCAAGGUUCUGAAAUGGAGGAAGAAUUGCGAGAUAUGAAAGCACACAAAGCAUACUACAACAUGCUUCAUUUCGUUGCAAAUGCGCAACAGGGGAUUCCCAAGCUGUGCCCCUGUGGAUCUAUCACGAAGGAGGUCGUCGAUGAAGAGGAUACAUAUGACUACCUCCCUGGGAAAAGAUACUUCAUAUGCAAAGACUAUGAGAAUGACGGGAUGCAUUUCAGGCAACCAUGGGUUAUGGGAAUGCAACAAGAGGUUGAGAGACUCAAAGAACGUUUUCACGAGCAGGAGAAGCUUCUGCGAGAGUGCGAGGCACUUAAGGGCCAGGUGAGGAUGCUGCUUAUGCGGGUGGCUGAACUCGAGAAAAGAAACUUACCGGUUUCUAACUAAGGUGAAGUACAAGACCAUGUGCUUGUUGAAGACGGAAGCUGGUAUCAAGUCACGGGUAGUUUGUAUUUUCUGUUUGUAUUUUCAUGUGAACCACGUCACGGGUUGUUUGUAUGUUGCCUUUAUAAGUCUGUUUGUAGACUAGGAUGUUAUGCUAUUUCCUUUGCUCUUCUACUUCCUUUGUACUGUCUAAAAAACAGAUGUAAUGAUGUUUUAGUGCAAUCUAUUUCCUUUGCUCUUAUUUUCCUUGUACAAAUGGUUCUGUUCUCUUGAUAUGGUUCAUCUAGACGAGCUUCCCACCUUCAUCUAGACGAGCUUUCCACCUUCAUCUCCAUCAGCAGUUCCCACCAUCUCGACGAGCAAGGUAUAUGGAUCCAUAGCUUAAAAAUGAUCUCUUCGGUAAUGCUAAAGAUUUGUCUGGUUCUGAUGAUACUUUGAGGUGAAAAUGAUACUUUGGUUUGUUCUAUAAACAUUUCAUGUUUCUUUCAUUAGCCUCUUUGAUGAAUUCCCAAGUGUUUCGUUUGUUCAAUUAUCAGUUAUUAAAACAAUUUGAUGAACCAUUAGAGCAAUUAAAAUGAUUCGAAACUUUAUUAUGUAAAAACCAAAAGAAAGUUUAUAAAAACGUCUUUAACUUAUGACUAUGAAAUAUAUAUAUGUCUUUAACUUAUGAUUAUGAAAUAUAUAUAUGUCGACACGUCUUUAACUUAUGAUUAUGAAAUAUAUAUAUGUCGACAUGGGCACAAAAGUAAUACCAAAAGAAAGUUUAUAAAAACGUAUGUUUGUUAUAAUGUUUGAAGGAAGGAUAUCCAAAUAUGGCAGAUGAACUCGACCGAAGACUCGAUGCGGCUGUCAAUGAGGCUUUUGAUGAAUAUUUUGAAGAAAUAUACAACAACAUUGUGGAGAAUCGAACUGCAAAAAAGAAGAAACGUGCAUAUGUCGAAAGAAACCGAGAAGCGGGCCACAACCGUCCAUGGAAUGACUACUUCAGUGAAGAUCCGACAUUUCCGCCUCAUUUAUUCAGACGCCGUUUCCGUAUGAACAAGGAAGUAUUCAUGCGUAUUGUCGACACCCUCUCAGCAAAUGUUUCAUUCUUUCAACAAAGAAGAGAUGCAGUCGGAAGGUUAGGUCUAUCAACACUGCAAAAGUGUACGACAGCUAUUCGUAUGCUUGCUUACGGCUCUGCAGCUGACGCCGUUGACGAAUAUCUCCGACUUGGUGAAAGCACAUCACUUUCAUGUUUAACCAAUUUCACAGAAGGCGUAAUACAGUUAUUUGGAGAUGAGUAUAUACGAAGACCCACUCCAGAGG